AUGGCCGCCGGCAAUGAUCUGUUCAAACUCUACCGCUAUGACCCGUCCAUGACGGCGGCCGUCAUCUUUAUCAUCCUCUUCUCGGCCAUUUCAGCUUUACACACGUAUCAGUUGGUUCGAACCAAGACUUGGUUUUUUAUCCCUUUCCUCAUAGGGGGCUAUUUUCAAUUUAUUGGGUACAUUGGUAGAGCGGUCUCGAGCAGCCAAAGUCCCGACUGGACUGUCAAGCCUUAUAUCGUCCAAACUCUGCUACUCCUAGUGGCACCUGCCCUUUACGCUGCCAGCAUUUACAUGAUUCUCGGCCGAAUCAUCCUCCUAACCGACGGUGAACAACACUCGAUCGUCAAAAGAAAAUGGCUGACAAAGCUCUUUGUCUGCGGUGACGUCGUGUCCUUCUUUAUGCAAGGAGCUGGUGGAGGCAUCAUGGCCAGUGGCACAGUAGAGGCUUUGGAGACUGGGGAACAUAUCAUCAUUGGUGGUUUGGUGGUACAGAUUGUUGUCUUCUCCCUCUUCGCUGCUGUAGCUGGCAUCUUUCACAGGCGAAUGUGGCUGGCUCCGACAACAAAGGUCUUGACCGGCAAUAUUCCCUGGCAGUCGUACCUCCAUACCCUUUACGGAGCGAGCCUGCUCAUUAUGAUUCGUUCACUAUUCCGCUUGAUUGAGUAUGCGCAAGGUAACGCAGGGUAUCUUAUUUCUCAUGAAGUCUUCUUGUAUAUCUUCGACAGCGUCUUGAUGUUUGGGACAAUGGUCUUGUUCGCAUGGUACCACCCUAGCGAGAUCAACGCCAUGCUGAAAAGGUCUGGAGGCAAGGCAAUCCGGCGAGCAAUCUCCCUU